AUGUCCAUUGAAGCUAAAGUCGUCAAUCAGCAAUUUGAAGUGCCCAGCACGCAGACGGCAGAAGAUGUCACUCGACGACUCAUGGAUAUCCCUCAGAUGAUGGAUAAAUUGGAGCAAGUGUCUUCGGCAAGUCAGCCUGCACUGCUUUUGCAGUGGAUGGAGAAGGAGCGUAAGAAGCGCUACAAGUAUUUCCACGAGCAGCGAGACUUCGUGAAGGCACUUACAGAUAUUUCGGAACGCAUGCGCGCAGUUGACCCACCCCAGAACCGUAAGAAGCUUCUUCCUGGAGAGCUGAAAGCGCUGGUGGUCCCAGACAUGGCGUACAUACCUCUCGGUCGUGUGUCGGAUUCGUUUUGUCGCAUUACUCGUGUACUCACUGACGAAGGCACAGUAUUCUCUACCCACAGUCGAGCGCCGUGCUUGCUCUGCUUCGAGGUGAUCGAAGACCAAGUCAACUCUGCUGGUCAACGCAAACUCUCAACAGAACUGAAGAAUCCUAGUGACAUGCUCCGUAAAUCCGCAUCGGACCCAGGUCUGACCAGCCUAGAAGCUGAAGUUGCCCGUCUCGUCAAAAAAAUUGCCAUUAAUGGGCAACUUAUCUGUGUUGAGAACGCUGGCUUGAAUUCUCCAACAACCACAGUGACGUCCGACGAUUCAAUGGACUCGACGUCUGAGCUGAGCAGAGAAGACUCGCAGCAGCUGAAUGUCAUUCGCGGAUACUCCAAGACAGCAUACGAAAUGGGUCUCUCCAAGCUGCUCAGUGCAAGCGAGGUCUUUGGUGAAGGCUGGGAAGCGAAGAAGGAGCGGAUUCGCGCAUCAUCGCCGCAUGGCCAUUUACCCGGAUGGAACGUCAUCUCACUGAUCUCCAAGAGCAACGAUGAUAUUCGACAGGAGGUUUUCGCGAUGCAGCUGAUCACCACGUUCCAGAACAUAUUCCACGAGAGCGGUCUUCCAUUGUGGCUACGUCCGUAUCGAAUAGUGUCCACGGGUCGUACCAGCGGCUUGCUCGAGACGAUCACAGAUGCGCAGUCGUUGGAUGGCCUCAAAAAGAGGGGCGACUACGCAGGCUUGCGAGCUCACUUCGAGAGAACGUAUGAUGUUGGUGAUGCCUUCAAGAAGGCCCAGCGUAACUUCUUGCACAGUCUCGCUGCCUACUCCGUGGUGUGCUACUUGUUGCAGAUCAAAGACCGUCACAAUGGAAACAUCAUGCUGGAUACAGAAGGCCACCUCGUGCACAUUGACUUCGGCUUCAUGCUCGGCAUUGCUCCAGGCGGCAACUGGAGCUUUGAGACGGCGCCUUUCAAGUUAACCAAAGAGAUGGUGGUAGUGCUAGGUGGCGUGUCGUCCCCACUAUUCGGCGAGUUUGUGCAGCUGGUGGCGUUAGGAUUACUAGCAGCUCAGCGUCAGUCUGAUCGAGUCGUGGCGCUGGUCGAGAUUAUGAUGCACAACUCAACCUUCCCAUGUUUUCAGGGACGUGACGUGUCUCGAGAUCUACAGAAGCUUCGCAAUCGCUUUCUGCUUCAGUGCUCCACCGAGAAAACAGUCAAAGCGGUCGUCAAGAUGAUUCGUGUGAGCUACAAGAACAAGUGGACGAAGCGCUACGAUCAGUUCCAGAAGAUCACGAACGGCAUCGUACCGUAG